AAAGAAUCGAACCCUAAUUUUCCUCUUUUCUCGCUCGUCUCUGUGCCUCGUCUGUUUUCUUUCUCAGAGAUGGCUUUUGAGCCUGAAAAUUUGAUGAAGGCAAGUACGGAGGUGUUCUGGUACAUCGAUGAUUGCAAAGUCCCUGACGAUAUUAGACCUUUUUACGCUGUCGAUAAUAUCAAGUCUGCGCUCAAUAAGAACGGCUAUUGUGGUCGUUUGACAAUCACGGUUUAUGGCGAUUAUGAGAGCCAGAAAAAUACUUUUAAGGUCUUACGAUACGCCGGAGUCGAUAUCGUUAACAGACCUGCAGGAAAUAAAGAUGAGAGAGUUGCUGAGAUUAUAGUGGAUGUUUUUUCGUGGGCAAUGAAUAGGCUUGGAGAAUCAAAUCUGAUGAUAAUCUCAGAAGACUUCUCAGGAGUCUCGGCGUUCGUCAGGGCUAUUCAAAAGCUGCACUAUGCAAGACGUUGCAAUAUUCUUUUAGCACAGCCUCAGUUCGCAUCAGGACCGAUACUUAAUGUUAUUGGUAACCAAUGGCUUUGGACAAGCCUAGCAGCUGGAGGAGACCCUGAGCCAAAGAGCAGAUAUAGAUCUCCAUUAACAUAACAAUAUGUUCUAGAUAUGAAUGAGUUUAAGUAAAACUAUAAAUUGGGAAUUUUUUC